AUGCCUCUGUGCGAGAAUGGAGAGCGGCUGUUGGUUGUGAGGGAAAAGACGGCGCUGAAGAUGAUUGUUAACGGCAAGACUUACUCUGGAAAGGGAGUGUCCUUUCUGACGUCCCGGAGAAUUGUGUUUCUCAAACACGGUGAUGUGAGCAAGCAUAAGAACUGGUCGAGUUGCGAGUUUCCUUUCAACAAAAUUUACAACAAGACGGGGGACUUGCCGGAGUUUAAUCAGCCUAUAUUCGGAUCGAACAACCUGACCUGGAGCUGUUCCCCGAAUCCCGCAGCCCAGCAGUACAAGUAUGAAAGCACCGCAGAGGUCCAACUGGACUUCAAGAACUCUUGCUACACGUUCGUCAAACUCUUCCUAGUCCUGAUGGACUCUGCCAAAAAACACGGAGGCGACGCGACCGCCGAAACCGGCAAAAUAUUGGACGGGGUUAGAGCCUACAUCGACCAGGGCGACCCGACUCGCAUCUUCUUCACCCAACCAGGUAAACCACCUUCCAUUGCUCACGCCUUCAUCUUCAGCACAACAACCGCCGCCCGGUCAACAAGGUUUCCAACCUAA